AUGAUCCACGUGUCGCUCGUGCCGCGAUCUUGCGAUCGAUGCUACACCAGCAAGGAGCGCUGCAUCUGGGCUCCCGGCUCCCUCACAUGCGAACGAUGCGCUCGCGUCGGCCACGCCUGCCGGUCGAAAAGGCCCAUCAAGAGAGUCGGCCGCCCGCCAGGAGGCUAUCUCUCCUCAUCAAUGAAGCGAACCAGGCUUGGUACACAGAAGAGCGACAUGUCAGCCAAAAGAAAUAAAAAUACGGCAACAACGGUGACGACGACGACGACGACGACGACGACGCUCGCUCCCGCCAUGGUGGAAGGUUCAAUUGGGCAGACCUUGUUAUCGACGAUCGAGGGUCUUGGUCAGCCGGAGCUCGAUCUUCUGAAUCGGACGAUUCACCAGGACGACUUCACUGAGCAAUUUGUAAUCGGCCCCAGUUUCUACCAUGGGCAUCGCCAGAAGCUUGUAUUUCAUCUCUUAUCCUCGCGACGAAUUGUCCUGGACGCCUACCUGGCAUUCGCCCUGUCCUGCGGCGACCAGGCCCAAGUCAAUACAAGCUACAAGAAGGCUGCCUCGGCACUCUUCACCCUUCGCUCGAUCCAAAUCAAGGACCAUCUCGACAUCACGUCGUGUCUCAUGUUGGGCUGGCAAUUACUACACUUUGUUUUCCAGCUUGGGGGUAGAGAAAUUCUCCAAGUGUGCAGCCAAACCCUGAGUCUUCUUAAACCGCAUUACGCUGCUGGAAAGCACUUUGAAACUUCACACCUGUCAUUUUUAACGAGCAUUAUUCUCACCGAGACUGCAGAAUGUCUCAUGAUGACGAAAUUGCCGACUCUAAAGCUCCAUCACGCCGAAGCAUCGAGUCACAUUGAUGGCUGCGUGGGUCUAUGUACUGGCCUUUUGCUCCAUUUAUAUGAUCUUGCCGCGAUAAAUGUCGAUAUGCAAAACAGGAGCAGACAGGGACAAUGUAAGACAAAAGGACUACCAGAUUUGCCGACUAAACUGGAAGAUGUGCGGCUGAAGAUUAGGGACUGGAAACCGCAGCUUCAGACAAAAAUCUUCGCCAAGUUUACCGCCUUGGAGGUGGCACAUAUGCUUUGCCAACAUCAAAUCAUGCAGACGGCUGCCCUGCUUAUUAUCCACCGUCUCCAACACCGGUUUGGAAAGGAGGACGGCACAGCCUCCGCCCUGGCUGCUACGAUAUUGAGUCAGAUUGAUUUGACUGUUCAUGUCACGGGAAAGUCUCCGUUAUGCGUCGACCUGCCACUGAUAGUGGCCUGUUUGGAGGUCGAAGACGAUUCUGCCAGGGAACAACGGCUCCGGAGUCUGUCGGCCAUCGGAAGACAUUCUGCAGUCUUUUGCGACCGCAUCAAGAGUAUGGUUAUGCAAGUUUGGACGGCGCGGCGGCAAGGCCGGAUUGUGUUUUGGCACGAUAUAGGGCAUCUUCUCUCUCGCUUCUCGUGA